GUGAAAUCUCAGCUUUCACACUAUACGGUAGCUUGUCAUUACGGUUAGCAAAACAGCUAUUUAAACCGGAUGACUCUUUGCAGUUAAAUUCCUAAAAUGAUUUUAGUUACACGGGAAAAAGGUUGGCAACCGUGUUUAAUAUAAUGUCAUGUCUAGAUACAUAAAGACCUUUCAGAGAAUCUGCUAGUUUUUGGUUCUUCCAGCUUUUCUGUAACUCUGUGCUGGAACGAUGAACGGAUUGUCGGUCAGUGAGCUGUGCGGCCUUUUCUGUUGCCCUCCUUGCCCAAGCCGGAUUGCAGCAAAAUUGGCCUUCCUACCCCCAGAGCCCACUUAUACUUUACUGCCUGAACUGGACUCACCCCCGACCAUAACUUCAAACCAGAGUGAGACGGGUCUGCGUUCUCGGCUGGGUCGGAGAGGCGGAGGAGGAGACAGGGGUGGAGAGGGCAGGUGGAAGCUCCAUCUGUCAGAGCGAGCUGAGUUCCAGUACUCCCAAAGAGAGCUGGACAGGACAGAAGUCUUCCUGACAUGCUCUAGUCGUGGGAACAAAGUGGGAUGCAUGUACAUCCGAUGUGCCCCCACAGCCAGGUACACAGUGCUGUUUUCACAUGGUAACGCUGUGGAUCUGGGUCAGAUGAGUAGCUUCUACAUCGGCCUGGGCACACGCAUUAACUGCAACAUCUUCUCCUACGAUUACUCUGGUUAUGGUGCCAGUACAGGGAAACCGUCUGAGAAGAACCUCUACGCCGAUAUCGAUGCCGCCUGGCACGCACUGCGCACCCGAUAUGGAAUCAGUCCAGAGAACAUCAUCCUUUAUGGUCAGAGUAUCGGCACGGUACCCACUGUGGACCUGGCAUCGCGGUAUGAAUGUGCUGCCGUGGUCCUGCACUCCCCCCUCACCUCGGGGAUGAGAGUAGCCUUCCCAGACACCAAGAAGACCUAUUGCUUUGACGCCUUCCCAAACAUCGAGAAGGUGUCCAAGAUCACGUCUCCAGUGCUGAUCAUCCACGGCACAGAGGACGAGGUGAUCGAUUUCUCGCACGGCCUUGCGCUAUUCGAGCGCUGCCCCAAGGCCGUAGAGCCGCUGUGGGUGGAGGGAGCCGGCCACAACGACAUCGAGCUCUACAGCCAGUACCUGGAGCGCCUGCGUCGCUUCAUCAGCCAGGAGCUGACCGCCCAGUAUGCCUGAAAAUCCAGCAGUUCAAAGCUCAGUCCAGGUAAAACGAACACUCUAGUGUCAAUUCAAGGGCCUGCUUCAACAUUUUCUACUCUGUAGAAUCUGGUAAAUAUUAACAUGUAGACCUGGAUGGUUCAACAUCUUUGAAGCAGGGCCUUGUGGGUCCAGUAUAGCAGGGCAAAUCACCACAAACUGUAUUUCAUUAUUUCUUCAUAUUAUUGUAUUAUUAUUAUGAUAUUAUUAUUUCCUUUGCUCAAGGCAUCUACAAGGAGACUGCCAUAAGUGCAAUUUCUUAGAUUAGUUCUUGUUUCGUUCAAUAUUUUGGGCUGGAGGAAUCAAUUUUCUGCUCCUUCCUGUAUGUAUGUGCUCUCUGCUGGACAGAUUGGGUGUUUUGUCUGACCUUGUGGAGACCAUUAUAUGGGUCAAGUGUGUAUGUACUGAUUUAUUACUGACUCUUUAAAAUGCUAUUCGAUCUCAAGCUCCUCUUUUGCCCCAGUUCAGUUUUCUUUCUCUUCUCUCUAAUGCAUUUGGAUCGCCAGCCAGCAGCAUCUUGUGUGUUGCCUGUUUGUGUUUAAAAGGACACGAACUGAGCGAUAAAUUUAGGCAGCCAUCAAUAUAACUUGGGUUACUGUGAAUCCACAAUAAGCAACCUUGAUCUCGUACAAAAAAAAAAAAAAAUUGUGAAAAAAUUUACACCCCCCCCCCCACACACACACACGUCUGUGAACGUUCUUGUGAACAAAAUUAAAGUUCACAAGAACAUAGCUGUCAUCUUUCUCCACAACGACACAUAGGUUAAGAGUAACUAGUGCUUUCUGUCACUCCAUCCAAGCUUCUUUGUCAAUGUGCUUUCCCCUGACUCUCAUUCUCGCCUUUCCCGAACGCUUUAAAUCUUGUAUAUAUUUCCUGAAGCUAUAUCUCUCUCUCUCUCUCUCUCUCUCUCUCUCUCUCAAACACAAACCAUUAGUACAUCGUCUCAGCACCUCACCUCGUAAUUCACUACAACUCCAGCGAAUCAAGAACUUCUGUUUUCUCUUCCGAUCUCUCCGACGUCGUUACGCUCUUCCUCUUCCUCAUAGCGACAGCAUCUGUAAAGCUUAAGGUGUCGAGGUUUUGAAUAUAAACGCAUAAAACAAAAAAGAACAUUGCUAAUUUCUACGAUAUCCUCCUCUUUUAGGUAUUUCUUAUUGCCGACAGUUUUUUUUUUAAGUACUCUUGACAUGAACAUUUCUCCCAGUUUAGCUAUACUUUUAAGACAUUUAAACACAUUUUAAGAACAUUACGAAGAACUCGCAGAUCUAUUUUUCUAAGAGUAAGUUUUUGCUCUAGUUCUCUAGUUUUGUCUAAAUCACAGCCAUUCUUAAGGGACUAGACAAUACAUUUAUUGCUAUUUGGUUGAAGUAAAAAGAAGCUAAGUCAGCCAGAUCCCUCAGCUAAUUCUGUUUGACUUCAAAACUAAAGUGGCUUUUCGUUUGUGAACACGAUUACCCGAACGACGAGAGCGUCAAAUUUGACAAAAUCAGUUAAUAUUCGUAACAUUUUGGGGUAUCAAAGUGCAGUAAGAUCAAAAUUCUGCAUGUUUUAAGCAAAAGCUGCAGAAUAACCGUGUGUAUUUCACCCUUUUCACCCCAAAUGGCAAUAAACUUCAACUUUAUGAUGCAGAUGUUUAGACAAAACAUUUUAGAGACCCUCAGAUUUAAAAUGAUUAAUGUAUUAUUCUUUUUUUUCCAGCUGCAAACAUGUAUAAAUGUGUGGUCAUGUUUCCAUUGGUGAAAGAACUUUUUUUUCUUUUCUUUUUUUUUUUUUCUUGGUGUAUCCUUUUCUUAGCUAAAGAAUGUAUGUGCUGUAAUGUAACUGAUUAAUAAAAGUGAUGACGACUAUG